AUGCUCAUCACCGCUCUUGUUGCGCUGCUUGGCGCGCUCGGCGUCCGCGCUGGCAACAACAAGGGAUACGAGUUCAACUCGGUCGCCAUCAGUGGAGGUGGCUACAUCACCGGCAUUGUAGCCCACCCUACCCAGGCCAACCUCCGCUAUGUCCGUACCGACAUUGGUGGUGCGUACCGUUGGGACAAUGGUGCCAGCAAGUGGAUCGCCCUCAACGACUUCAUCACGGCUCGCGACGCAAACCUUCUCGGUACCGAGUCGAUCGCGCUCGACCCGCACAACCCGAACCGUCUCUACCUUGCGCAGGGCCGCUACCAGACGGACGAGUGGGCUGGAUUCUACGUCUCGGACGACCAGGGAGCGACAUUCACCAUCUACGAGUCGCCGUUCCCUAUGGGCGCCAAUGACAUGGGACGCAACAACGGCGAGCGUCUCGCCGUCAACCCGUUCAACACAAAUGAGCUCUGGAUGGGCACUCGUACCGAGGGUCUCUGGAAGAGUUCCGAUCGCGCCGCGACCUGGACCAAUGUGACGUCAAUCCCUGACGCCUUUGCCAACGGCAUUGGCUUUGUCCAGGUCGUCUUUGACCCUGUCAACAACGGCACCAUUUACGCCAGCGCCUCUGCGCCAGGUGGUCUGUUUGUGUCCAAGGAUGCCGGUGCGUCAUGGGCUGCCAUUGCGGGCCAGCCCACCACCUGGACCAACGAGACUGCCAACGCCUUCCCGGACAAGACUCCGUCCAGUGCUGGCCCUCAGCCCAUGAAGGUGGCGCUCACCACCGACUUCUUGUACGUCACCUACGCCGACUACCCUGGCCCCUGGGGUGUCUCGUUCGGCGAGGUGUGGCGCCUCAACAUUACCGGCGGCUCCUGGGACAACAUUACUCCUGGUCGCAACGGCAACAGCUCGCCUGCUCCCUACGACAACCAGACCUUCCCUGCCGGUGGCUUCUGUGGUGUUAGUGUGGACGCGACUAACCCCAACCGCCUGGUUGUUAUGACCCUUGACCGUGACCCCGGACCUGCCCUCGACAGCCUCUAUCUUUCCACCGAUGCUGGUGCCACCUGGAAGGACGUCACCCAGCUCUCGUCGCCCUCUGGAAGCGACGGCAACUGGGGCCACCCCAUCAACUCUGCCAAGUUCAAGGAUGGAACACCCGUCCCCUGGCUCGACUUCAACAACGGCCCCCAGUGGGGAGGCUACGGUGCGCCCAACAAGGUGGUCGGAACCACCAAGUUUGGUUGGUGGAUGAGCGCCUUGCUGAUCGACCCCACCGACCCCGACCACCUCAUGUACGGCACUGGUGCCACCAUCUGGGCUACCGACUCGCUCUCGCGCGCAGAGGUCGACUGGUCGCCCAGCUGGUACAUCAACACCGAGGGUAUUGAGGAGAACUACGCUUUGAUCAUCAAGAGCCCGACUGGUGGCCCCGGACAUCUCCUCAGUGGCUUGGGUGACAUCAGCGGCAUGCGCCACGACGAUCUCACCAAGCCGCAGCACAUGUUCCCUGCCCCGCAGUUCUCCAACCUCGACACCAUUGACUUUGCUGGCCAGUACCCCAACGUGCUUGCCCGUGCUGGUUCGUCAGGUACCGACUACGACUAUGGAUGCGCUCGCGGCGGCUACUCGACUGACGGCGGUGAUGCCUGGAAUGUCUUCCCCACCUGCGCCCCUGGCAUGAACGCCUCCCACACCACCGGAAGCGUGAUCUCCGUCGACGCGUCUGGCCGCUACAUUGUCUGGUCGACUCUUCUUGCUGAGCAGGCCGGCCCGUGGGCAUCCCCCGACUAUGGCAACACCUGGAACGCGCCCACCGGCCUCACGGUCCAGACUGCCAACGUCACUGCCGACCGCGUCCAGGCUGCCACCUUUUACGCGUUCGAUGCCGGCGUCUUCUACAUUUCGACAGACGGUGGUGCCACCUACGCCACUCGCGGAACCGGUCUGCCCUCGAACAACACCAAUGGUGCUCUCCCGACCGUCAACCACGCCGUCGCCGGUGAGAUCUGGCUUCCGAUCCUUGGUCUCGGCAUCUGGCACUCGAAGGACUUUGGUGCUACGUGGGCUGCGCUUCCCAACUCGGGCAAGGGCCUUCGCCCAUACUUGCUGAGCACCGGUGCCCCUGCCAAGACCAACGGCACGACUACCCUCUUUAUCUGGGGCCACACGUCCUCCACCGACACAGAGGGCCUGUACCGCAGCGACGAUGGCGGCAGCUCGUGGGUCCGUGUCAACGACGACAACCACAACUAUGGUGGCCCGACCUCCAUUGCUGGUGACCCCCGCGUGUACGGCCGUGUGUUCAUGGGCACUGCGGGACGUGGCAUUGUGUACGCGGACCUCACUUCGGGCAACGGCGUGACAGCCGGCACUGGCACGGGCGGCGACAAGAACAACCGUGGCGGCUCGACGGCCAAGUGUGGCAAGGUCGGCGGCAAGACCGUUGGCACAGGCAUUCACUGCGUGACUGCGUAA